ACUAAUUAGUAUCGUUUAACAUAUAAAUUUGAUGCUUAUUAUUUUUUGGAUCGAAUCUUAGAAUCUGAAUGAUGUCGAUAAUACCAUGCACAGUUAUAAAAACAAAAGCGAGUACCACAGAACCACUCAUUUCAUAGGGUCCCGCAUCGCUUCCUCGUGCAUGUCACGAGUCUCGUAUAGUAGCAGCCGCCACCACCACCACAUGCUCUUGUUCAUAUAUUCCUAACUCUUCGGUUCGGUCCCUUGAGAUUGGAAAGAGAGAACUCGUAACUCAGUUACGAUUUUGCUUCUUUUCUUCUCUCUCUAUCCACAUAAUAACUCAUCAUAGCCACACACACUAUGACAUCCACUUUCACUUUCUUCCAUUCUUGCAUCAUCUUCUUGUUCUAUCUCUUCCUCUUAACUCCUUCACGUGCUUCUUCGUUUUCUGGAAUUGAAACUGGAGAUUUAGAAAAAAGGGGUGAUUUGUUUCCGCAGAUUCUAAGAGACGAGGCGGUGGCAAGACUUGUUGAGCUUGGAAAGGUCAGUGAUGCUAGUGGCUAUCUAGAGAGGACAUUUUUGAGUCCUGCAUCGAUGAGGGCGAUUGAUCUUAUUCAAACAUGGAUGGAAGAUGCUGGUUUGAGAACUUGGGUGGAUCAAAUGGGAAAUGUGCACGGUAGAGUUGAGGGUGCAAAUGCAAAUACAGAAGCUUUAUUGGUUGGAUCUCACUUGGACACUGUUGUUGAUGCUGGUAAAUUUGAUGGAUCACUAGGAAUAAUUUCUGCAAUAUCUGCAUUAAAGGUUUUGCAUGUCAAUGAAAAGCUGCAAAACCUAAGGCGUCCUGUUGAGGUUAUUGCAUUUUGCGAUGAAGAGGGUGUGAGAUUUCAAACUACUUUCUUAGGUAGUGGGGCUAUAGCUGGUAUUUUACCUGCUACGUCAUUGGAGAUAUCUGAUAAGAGAAAUGUAAUGAUAAAAGAUGUUCUUAAAGAGAACUCAAUAGAACCUACCGAGGAAAUGUUUUCGCAGCUCAAGUAUGAUCCAAAAUCUGUUUGGGGUUAUGUUGAGCUUCACAUUGAGCAGGGUCCUGUGCUAGAACAAGUUGGUUUUCCACUUGGUGUCGUUAAAGGCAUAGCUGGACAGACACGAUUGAAAGUUACGGUUAAAGGCUCACAAGGUCAUGCGGGAACUGUUCCAAUGUCCAUGCGCCAGGAUCCUAUGGUGGCCGCUGCUGAACAAAUUGUACUUAUGGAAAGCCUCUGCAAACAUCCCGAAGAAUACCUUUCUUUUGAUGGUCAUUGCACCGAUUCGUCGAUAAAAUCACUUUCAAGUUCACUUGUUUGUACUGUUGGUGAAAUAUCAACAUGGCCAAGUGCUAGUAAUGUCAUUCCAGGCCAGGUUACAUAUACAGUGGAUAUACGAGCAAUUGAUGAUCUCGGACGCGAGGCUGUUAUCUAUGAUUUAUCCAAUCGAAUUUACCAGAUAUGUGACAAGCGUUCAGUUUCCUGCCUUAUUGAACACAAGCACGAGGCAGGUGCGGUGAUUUGUGAUCCUGAACUAAGCUCACAGCUGAAGUCUGCAGCUUAUUCCGCACUCAAGAGAAUGGAGGGUGACAUUCAAGAUGAAGUACCAACAUUAAUGAGUGGAGCAGGGCAUGAUGCCAUGGCAAUGUCUCGCUUAACAAAGGUUGGAAUGCUAUUUGUGCGCUGUCGCGGAGGCAUAAGUCACUCUCCACAAGAGGACGUGCUAGACGACGAUGUUUGGGCGGCCGGUUUAGCAACCUUAUCAUUUCUGGAAAAUCUAUGAUGACCAAGUGAACUAAAAUAUGUAUAUAUUGUGUUUGUAGCAUGUAAUUAUAGGUUAGUUUAUUGAGCUCAUUCAUAAUUCAACACUUCAUUUAACUUUGUGUCUUUGUUAUAGUUGUGUUACUAAAUUAUCCUCAUGUCAAGAGGAGGCCUCCAAAUUUGCAACAACUCAAGUUGUUGCAAAUUUUGUUGUGAAAAAUCAAUUCUUCCAUGACCAUACAUGAGUGGUCAAUGUUUCAAAUGUACUUGAUAAAUUGAAGAAGGAAUAUAAAGGCCAUUUUAUUAAUA